AAAUUAAUAUAAAUAAAAAGAUAUGAAGCGCAUUUAUGCCGAUACUUAUGUGCCGAAGUACCUUAGUGGGAAAUGGUCGUGGGACAAUAAAUCCGACAGUCUGCGCUUUGAGCAGCACCACGACUUGGCCGAUAAGAGGGAGCGCUAUAUAGAGACAAAUGGCUAUAAAUUCCUGCGGACGAUAAAUCAAGAGGAGGAGGUAAUAUUUCGACAGGAAUUCGUGCGCGGAGAUAAUACAUUCGAUACUGACACAGUGGUGAUUAACGAUGUGCGUGACCUGGUGCUUUUCUUAUCGCCCAGCGAAUUUCUGACUGUCAAAUUUAUUGAGUUUAUUCACAAACCCGCGGUGCACAGGUUGCUGCAUGCUUUGAUCAUUUACUUCGAGUACUUCUUGCGGAUGGUCGAAUUUGUACUGAUUCGACGAGAUGAACUGGCCGGCAACAUGGCACAGAUACAGAGUGAGCAAACGAACGAUAUGAAGCGUAUAUUCUCGAUCUACUUAAGUCAGUACCGGAUGCUAGUGGCUCGCAACUAUAGUGCGAUCCUCAAAGGCGAGGGGGAUAUGGCGCAGUUCUACCACAUGAAAGAGAUUGUAAAUAUUUCCGCCACCAUAAAGGAUAAGUACUUUCACGAGCAAUUCCUGGCCGUGGCUAUACAGAUCGUAUGGAUUACCCUGCACAGACGUGCCUAUUAUGUGAUUGAAAUGGAGAUGAAUAGGCUAUUUCGCUCAGAGCACUUCAUCGUAAAUAAACCGGAGUAUCUGAAAUUUACGCCAUUGGAAGUCAGUCUGCUAUAUGGGCGCAACAAUCGCCUUGUCAACUAUCGUAGCCAGGUAUCCCCACUUAUUCAGGAACUUCAGCUUAUACCCGAGGAAGAUUUGCCAAUCCUAUGGAUAGGUGAACGAAAGUAUCGAGGCACAGACACGCGCAUUGUUCAGAUUGAACUGGAGUAUAUUGUGCCGGGGCCGCAGUUGUUUAUGAUUGAUGUGACACAUGGGAUACUGGGGCAUCCAAAGACUCUGUACGAUACUAUGCUGAACUUGAAUUGGCCGGCGGUACGAUUUGCCAACUUCUCCAUUGAGUACGAUCCAUAUCAAAUCGUGCGGCAGCCGUGUCUGCAACUGCCCAACAUUAACGAGGACAAGAUGCGUAAGAUGUCCACACACUACGAUCAGUUCUUCAAAGUGUUUCGCAUCUAUGAGCCAUUCAGCCUACAAAUGCUCGCAAAGUGGGUUCGACGCGAUCGAUUGAUUAACUUUUAUCGUACUGGCGGCGUCUUGCAGGACAUAUAUCUACGCUGCACAAAGGACUUGAACCAGAAAGGAUAUGGGCCCCCAGUGAAUACCAUUAUUGCCAAAUACUUCAAGCUCAUUGCAAGGCAUCGCAAGAACGCGUACGGUAUUAGUGAUAAUCGAUCCAGUAUAGCUACUCUAUCGAUUAUGAGCAUGUCAAAGGAUCGCAAGAAGGCAACACAGGACGAUCGUUUCUUUGAGGAGUAA